AUGUCACCUUGGGACGAGAAUUAUAAAUUUCCCGCCUGGGAAGAGUGCGAAAUGCUCAAAGAGAAAGCCGAUGCUCUUCCAGAUAUGAUUCACGUGCCUUUUGAGGAGUCAGUGAGAGAUGUCAUUCUUGAAGGUUGGGAGGAUCAGUGGGUUUCCGAAGCCCGCUUCCAGGGGCCUAAGCUUGAGGAACCCAAGAUUGACUUCGUCUAUACUUGGGUUAAUGGCUCUCAAUCGGAAUUCGUUUCGACUAUGAAACCAUACGAGUUGAACUCAACUCUCAAUGAUCCAGAGGGUGUAUGGAUUGCUUCUCAUAGUACCAACAGAUACCGUGAAUGGAAUGAACUUCGCUACUCAAUGCGCAGCGUUGAGAAGUACGCUGGGGAUUUUACCAAUCGCAUCCAAAUCUUGGUCAAUGCGUUCGAGAAUGAGCAAGAAGAUGCGGAACAACCCCGCACGAUGGGGAAGCAGAGGCCCCACUGGCUCCGAGACGACAAUCCUCAGGUUCAGGUGCUUUCACAGGAGGAGUUCUUCGGACCAGAUGAGCGCAAGUGUCUUCCGACCUUUGAUUCCUUGACUAUCGAAAAUCAAUUAUACAACACCAAGUCUGAGACUGAUAGGCUGUUUGCACUUUCGGACGAUAUGAUUCUCGGCAAGCCACACUCUGCAGCUGAUUUGUACUCACCACUUUUUGGACCCACUCUAGGUUUCAAGGAGAAUGCAUACAACACACUGCUUCCACCUACAGAGAAAGACGCCGAACGUUUCGGGGAAAAGCCUUUCUUGAUCUACACAUCUUGGUUGCUCAACCGUCGAUUCGGUGCUCGCAAGCGGAAGGGACAAGUCCAUUUUGGCCAUUCUCUUUCUCGUAGUAUCACCAAGGAGGCAAUAACGAGCUUUCCUCGCCCCGCAUUGAGGAGCGCACUCCAACGCUUUCGCGGCGAGACAGGCUUCCAGCUUUAUUCCUGGUAUGUCGUGUUCCAUUACACCAUGGAGAGACAUAGAGAGGCACUCCUUUGGAGUUAUAUCAUGCUUCGAAGCGAUUUCAACGACGAUGGUUACUUGGACUGGGAAGAACGAAAUCGAAUCCUAGAAGAUCUUGCUGAAGGCAUGGGCAAUGAGUCACCAGAACUAUUCCGACAUCGAAUCUUUUAUCGUGUGGCCGAGCACCUUGACCAUGCCGGCCUUCAACCACCGUUGGUCAAUACCGAGACUCUAUGGACAUCUUUGGAUGGACCAGCUAUGAUCAAAGAUGUGGACUGCGAUGCUUUUGAUACAGAAGACUGCCUCGCGCCUGGAUUCUCGAUGCCUUCGACUGACGCCACCGCCCGUAGCCCUGUAUUCUCAUCGGCUGCCAUCUUCGAUAGGAUCGCCCGUCAAACACCGCGAUGCGGUGAUUGUCUACUGAAGCUCAUUCUGAACCGCAGAAAAGCAGGCUUGGAACCACUUCUCCCGGACAAAAUCACGAAACCGGAACAGCGUGAAACUGUCGUAAAGGCAGUGAUGAAGUAUCAGUACACCAUUGUUCAACCCGACGCAAUGUUCUACAUGGUGACUGAUGCUGAGCAAGCGGAGCAUGUUCUACUAAAACCAUACCUUAAGCACAAUAAGAAAGCAGGACAAAUCUGCCUGAAUGAUGAUGUGGUGACAACUGAUGUUAAAGCGUUGGACAGACUUGGCGAAGUCAUGAGCACGUUGUUUGAAGGGCUGCUCCCGGAGCCGUCGAGCUUCGAAUUGUAA